AUGCCGGCGGUCAAAAAGGAGCUCGCAGGCCGCGAAGACCUGGCCCUGGCUCUGGCCGCCUUCCACCCGGCCCUGGCGGCCCUGCCGCUGCCGCCGCUCCCUGGCUACCUCGCGCCGCUGCCCGCCGUGGCCGCCCUGCCCCCGGCUGCCUCGCUGCCUGCCACGGCCGCCGGCUACGAGAGCCUGUUGGCUCCGCCGCUCCGCGCCCCGCGCGCCUACCUGAGCCUGAACGAGGCCGCCCCGCACCUCCACCUGCCCCGGGACCCUCUGGCCCUCGAGCGCUUCUCGGCCACCGCGGCCGCGGCCCCGGACUUCCAGCCGCUGCUGGAUAACGGCGAGCCGUGCAUCGAGGUGGAGUGCGGCGCCAACCGCGCUCUGCUCUACGUGCGCAAACUCUGCCAGGGCAGCAAGGGGCCGUCCAUCCGCCACCGCGGCGAGUGGCUCACCCCCAACGAAUUCCAGUUCGUCAGCGGCCGAGAGACGGCCAAGGACUGGAAGCGCAGCAUCCGCCACAAAGGGAAAAGUCUGAAGACGCUUAUGUCCAAGGGGAUUCUGCAGGUGCACCCUCCAAUCUGCGACUGUCCGGGCUGUCGAAUAUCCUCCCCGGUGAACCGGGGGCGGCUGGCAGACAAGAGGACAGUUGCUCUGCCCUCAGCUCGGGUCCUGAAGAAAGAACUGACCCCCAGCUUCUUAGCCAGCGAUGGCGACAGCGAUGGGAGUGGGCCGGCCUGCGGGCAGCGGCCUGGCGUAAAGCAGGAGGACGACACCCAUGUCCGGAUCAUGAAGAGAAGGGUCCACACCCAUUGGGAUGUGAACAUCUCCUUCCGAGAGACGUCCUGCAGCCAGGAGAGCGACCUUCCCACACUCCUGUCCAGCCUGCAUCGCAGCAGCCACCUCGUUAUGCCUGAGCAUCAGAGCCGCUGUGAAUUCCAGAGAAGCGGUGUGGAGAUAGGCCUGGGAGGUCCAGGUGACCUGUUGGGCAAGAGGCUAGGCCGCUCCCCCCACAUCAGCACUGACUGCCCUUUGGAGAAGAAGGCUCGAAGCAAGUCCCCCCAAGAGACGCUGUUGCUGUCAGAGUUGGAGCCCAGCAUGGCCCCCGAGGAUCACUACCGCCGGCUCAUGUCCGCACUGAGCGAGGCCAGCACCUUUGAGGACCCGCAGCGUCUCUACCACUUGGGCCUCCCCAGCCAUGACCUCCUGAGGGUCCGGCAGGAAGUGGCAGCAGCAGCUGUGAGGAGCCCCAGUGGCCUGGAAGUCCACCUGCCCACGCCCACAGGUCAACGUCGGAAGCAGGGCCUGGCUCAACACCGAGAGGGCAGUGCUCCAGCUGGCGCCCCAUCCUUUUCGGAGAGGGAGCUGCCCCAGCCGGCCCCCCUGCUGUCGCCCCAGAAUGCUCCGCACAUCGCUCUGGGCCCCCACUUCAGGCCUCCCCUUUUGGGGGUGCCCUCGGCUCUGUGCCAGACCCCAGGCUUUGGCUUCCUGCCCCCCGCCCAGGCGGAGCUGCUCGCCCGGCAGCAGGAGCUCCUGCGGAAGCAGAACCUGGCGCGGUUGGAGAUGUCGGCAGAGCUGGAGGGCGCACACCGUCCUCAGCUGCUGGCGCCAGAGUCUGCGCUGCGCCCGCCGGAAGGCGCAGAGGCCCUGCUGGUGCUGAGACCCAGCUCCACACCCAGGCUGGCGCUGCCCCCGCAGGGACCCUCCGGUUCCCCCACCCCGCCUCGGGAGCCCACCCGCCGCACGCCUCGGAAAGGGAGCGUUAGCCCGGCCUCAGCCCGGCCCAAGGAGACCACCAGGGCUGGGCUUUGGGUACUGGACGGCUCUGAGGAUGAGCCCCCCAAGGACUCAGAUGGAGAGGACUCCGACAUGGUGACUGUUGGGGGCCGGGGCCCCAACCCAACUGGAGGGACCAGCUCUGAGGGGAAGGGACUUCUCUCAGGGUCCGUGCUGCCCCCAUCUCUGCCCUUGAACGUGCCCUGCGUCAGCCCCUACUUACACACAGGAGCCACGGGGGGACUCUUCAGUGAUGGGGAGGAGGCCACAGCCCCUGAGGACAUCAGCAAGUGGACAGUGGAUGAUGUCUGCAGCUUUGUGGGGGGCCUGUCUGGCUGUGGAGAAUACACACGGGUCUUCAGAGAACAGGGGAUAGAUGGGGAGACCCUGCCCCUGCUGACAGAGGAGCACCUCCUGACCACGAUGGGCCUGAAGCUGGGGCCUGCUCUCAAGAUCCGGGCGCAGGUGGCCAAGCGCCUGGGCCGAGUCUUCUACAUGGCCAGCUUCCCGGUGGCAUUGCCACUGCAGCCACCAGCACUGCAGGCCCCCGAGCAGGAGCUCACCUUAGGGGAGCAGCCCCUGUCUCCAGCAAUGACCCCCUCACCCUAUGGAGGGGGACGGCCCGCUGCUGGCCAGGCUUCACCCAAGCAAGAAAACGGGACCGUGGCUCUGCUCCCAGGGCCUUCAGACCCCUCCCAGCCUCUGUGCUGA